UUUGUAUUAUGAGAUCAAUCUGAGGCAGAUGAUUGCAUAAGACUGGUGUAUGUUAAGAGUGAAUUGUUGAGGAUUACCAGUCAACAAAUUGAGCAUCAGGUUUAUGCAAGGACAGAUUUUGGGAUAAGAUAUGAGAGAUAGCAAUCAUAGCAUGGACAGAAAUAGGAUGAAAGAAAGAGGAGUGCACCAGGAGAGGAAAAAUGUGGAGGCUAAAGAUAGGGGAUGGAGGAAAAAACCCAUACAUAUUCAGUACAAACAAUUUUCUGGGCAGGGAAACAUGGGAGUUUGAUCCCGAGACAAGUACUAUUGAGGAGCGAACCCAAGUUAAAGCAGCUUGUGAAAAUUUCUAUAAAAAUCGCUUCAAAACUAGAGCUUGUGGUGAUCGACUCUGGCGGUUUCAGUUUCUAAGGGAAAAAAAUUUCAGACAAACAAUAACUAGUGUGAAGAUUCAAGAUGAUGAAGAGAUUACAAAUGAGAAAACUACCAACACACUGAAGAGGGCUAUUCAUUACUUGUCAGCACUACAAACUAGUAAUGGCUAUUGGCCUGCUCAAUUUAGUGGUCCUCUCUUUCCAACUGCUCUAUUUGUCAUGUGUAUGUACAUUACAGGACAUCUUGACUCUAUAUUUCCAGAAGAGUAUCGCAAAGAGAUUCUUCGUUACAUUUAUUUUCACCAGAAUGAAGAUGGAGGUUGGGGACUAAAUAUAGAUGGUCACAGCACCAUGUUUUCUACUACACUCAAUUACAUAUGCAUGCGUAUUUUGGGAGAAGGACCGAAUGGAGGUCAUAACAAUGCUUGUGCUAAAGCAAGAAAAUGGAUUCAUGAUCAUGGUAGUGUAACACAUAUACCUUCAUGGGGAAAAUUUUGGCUUUCGGUACUUGGUGUAGUUGAUUGGUGUGGAAGUAACCCUUUGCCCCCAGAGUUUUGGAUCCUUCCUACUUUUUCCCCAAUGCAUCCAGCUAAAAUGUGGUGCUAUUGUCGAUUGAUAUAUAUGCCCAUGUCUUACUUAUAUGGAAAAAAAUUUGUGGGUUCAAUAACGCCAUUAGUCUUAAACUUGAGAGAAGAACUCUUUACUCAACCUUACGAUGAAAAUAGUUGGAAGAAAGCACGUCACAAAUGUGCAAAGGAAGAUCUUUACUAUCCUCAUCCUUGGAUACAAGAUCUAAUAUGGGAUAGUUUGUAUUUGUUCGUUGAGCCACUCCUUACACGUUGGCCUUUGAACAAGUUGAUCAGAGAAAAGGCACUUCAAGUAACAAUGAAGCAUAUUCAUUAUGAAAAUGAAAAUAGUCGAUAUUUAGAUAUGGCGUGCGUGGAAAAGAGUUUAUGUAUGCUUGCUUGUUGGGUGGAAGAUCCAAAUGGGGAUGCUUUCAAGAAGCAUCUUGCACGGAUUCCAGAUUAUUUUUGGGUUUCAGAAGAUGGAAUGAUCGUGCAGCCCGUAAUUGGUAGUCAAGCAUGGGAUAUAAGCUUCAUUGUUCAAGCUCUACUUGCUACAGAUCUAAUUGAGGAAUUUGGUCCCACACUUGCGAAAGCACAUGACUUCAUCAAGAAAUCUCAGCUCACAGACAAUCUUCCAGGAGAUUUUAAGAGUAUGUAUCGUCAUAUUUCUAAAGGAGCAUGGACCUUUUCUCACAAAGACGAUGGAUGGCAACUUUCUGAUUCCACUGCAGAAUGUUUAAAGUGUUGUCUGCUUUUAUCAAUGAUGCCACAAGAGAUUGUGGGGGAAAAAAUGGAACCUGAAAAAUUAUAUGAUUCCGUCGAUUUCAUAUUGUCACUUCAAAGUAAAAAUGGAGGUAUACCUGCGUGGGAGCCAGUAAGAUCUCAAAAAUGGUUGGAACGACUAAAUCCCACGGAAUUUUAUGCUGACUUAAUAAUUGAGAAUGACUAUGUUGAAUGCACAGGAUCGGCAAUUCAAAGUUUAGUGUUUUUCAAAAGUCUAUAUCCAGAGUAUAGGAAGAAAGAGAUAGAGAAUUUCAUUAACAAAGCAGUACAAUUCCUUGAAGAUGAACAAUCAACUGAUGGUUCUUGGUCUGGUAAGUGGGGAGUUUACUCCACUUAUUCUUCCUGGUUUGCACUUCGAGGUCUAGCUGCAGCUGGCAAGACUUAUACAAAUUGUGUUACCAUUCGCAAAGCUGUGAAAUUUCUACUUUCAAUACAGACUGAAGAUGGUGGUUGGGGAGAGAGUUAUCUUUCAGGCGCAAAAAAUACGUACGUACCUCUUGAAGGAAAUCGAUCAAAUGUCGUACAAACAGCUUGGGCUCUAAUGGCUCUAAUUCAUGCUGGGCAGGCUGAGAAAGAUCCAACUCCUAUUCACAAUGCAGCAAAGUUACUCAUCAAUUCUCAGCUUGAAGAUGGUGAUUGGCCUCAACAGGAAGUCACAGGAUUAUUCUUGAAGACAGGCGCAUUACACUACCCGCUCUAUAGAAAUUAUUUUCCAAUGUGGGCUUUGAGUGAAUAUCGUAAAAAAGUUAUGUUGCCUUGUACUGCUGCUUAACUUGACCUCAAAAAGACAGUACCAUAUAUCAAUAAAGAAUCCAACAGAUAAAAUCAAACAAGUUGUUGAUUGAGUUUCAUAAUAAUAUGUUUAUUCCUAUUAUUAUAUUUUUAUAAUUCUGAAACAAUUAUUCUGUAUCAUAGAUUGCAAAAAUAAAAGCCUAUUAAUUGUUUGUA